GCUCAAUGACCUUCCCUAAUAUGCAAAUCUCGCCAUUUGGCCAGUCAGAGUUGUCAUUUUACUAUCUGAACACAAAUGACUGAAAAAAAUUCCCGGAGGAGCCCAGGAACCCCACUAUUCAUGUCAACUGGAAAUGAAUCGGUCUGUAGAUGUACUGUAGGCUACAUAAAAAGGACAGAUGUGUUUUUUUUCUGACAGCUACUUGGAAUUAACUUCGGAAGGAAAUCGCCAUUUAGACAUCGUUUCACUAGUUCUGCAAAAAAAAUGAAGUAUACUGUGCCAAUAGACUGGACGCAUCUUAGACUGCACCCUACGUACCCACAUAUUUGGAUGGAUCACGGAGUUUAAGGACGCAUCAUAAUUUAGAAACAAAUACAUUUACCAGACGCCAGUUCUGCUCUGGUGCGGCAUUGAUUGGCAAAGGUGGAAACCAAUAAAGCGCCGGAGAAGGCGUACAGAUGAGCUGCUUUCUGCUUUCGGAGCACAGGAGGGCAUGUCUCCGGCUUCUAGUUCAAUUCCAUCAGAAAUCAAGGGGGACGUCAAGGCAAAAAUUGCCUCCACUCCAGACUGCACAGACAACAUCGAUCACACACCGGUUUGCAGAAGAGAAGACGGACUGCAAGGGCUAUGAUGCUCCUGGGAUCCACAAGCUGCACAGCCCUGCCGCAGCUGCCAACGUUAUCUCCGCAACACGCCUCCUCUGGAGCCUGCUCUCUUCUCCGGGCGGGUCAGCACUGACCCCCCCCCAACCCCCACACACAGGCUGCCAAGCCAUGCGUCGGCUGGUCUACUGCAAGGUGGUGCUGACCACCUCGCUGGCGUGGGUGCUGGUGGAUGUGCUGUUGCUGCUCUACUUCAGCGAGUGCAACAAAUGCGACGAGCACAAGGACCGCUCCCUGCUGCCGGCCCUGCGAGGACAGGGGACGUGUCUGCCUGAGACAUGUGACAUGCUGCCUGGGAACAUGGUCGGGUUCUCUGUGGCCUUGGUGCUGCUGAUGUCAGGAUGGUCGUCUUGUGGCCCUCGUUGUCGCAGGACGGCGGUGGUGUGUCCCAUCAUCGACGUCAUCAGCGACGACACGUUUGAGUACAUGGCGGGAUCCGACAUGACCUAUGGCGGCUUCAACUGGAAGCUGAACUUCAGAUGGUACCCCGUACCUCAGAGGGAGAUGGACCGGAGGAAAGGGGAUCGGACGCUUCCUGUCAGGACCCCGACUAUGGCGGGGGGGCUGUUCUCUAUUGACAGAUCGUACUUCGAAGAGAUCGGGACGUAUGACCCAGGAAUGGAUAUCUGGGGGGGAGAGAACUUAGAAAUAUCUUUCAGGAUCUGGCAGUGCGGGGGCUCGCUGGAGAUCAUCACAUGUUCACACGUGGGUCACGUGUUUCGCAAAGCCACUCCGUACAGCUUUCCUGGGGGCACAGGCCAGGUCAUCAACAAGAACAACCGGCGUCUGGCUGAGGUCUGGAUGGAUGACUUCAAGGACUUCUUCUAUGUCAUCUCCCCAGGUGUGGCACGGGUGGACUAUGGGGACGUCUCCUCCCGCAAGGCCCUCCGGGAGGCGCUGCAGUGCAAGCCCUUUUCCUGGUACCUGGAGAACAUCUACCCAGACUCCCAGAUCCCCAGGAGAUACUUUUCGCUUGGUGAAAUUCGGAAUGUCGAGACGAACCAGUGCGUGGACAACAUGGGGAGGAAAGAAAACGAGAAGGUGGGCUUCUUCAACUGCCACGGCAUGGGGGGCAACCAGGUGUUUUCCUACACGGCGGACAAGGAGAUCCGCACAGAUGACCUGUGCCUGGACGUGUCCCGCCUCAAUGGGCCCGUCGUGAUGCUCAAAUGCCACCUCAUGAAGGGGAACCAGAUGUUUGAGUAUGAUGCGGAGUAUGUGGGCAAGUGGGAAUAUGACUUCAGGAAGGGCACAUUCCUUCACGUCAUUACCCAGUCCUGCCUGACCAUUGGCAGGCUGCAGGACGGCAGCUAUGGUCCCACCGUGGAGUACUGCGAUGACAGCCCCCUGCAGAGCUGGCUCCUACGCAACUCCACACCGCAGGAGGUCUUUAGGAGGCUCUAUUACAGCCCCACAGACUAUUUCCUGUAGCUCUGCAGGUCAGUACCACAGCAUAUAAUCUGGUAGUUUAGUCACUAGCUGUUGCCACUAGCAGAGGGACCAUUCCAGAAAGCAUUCAUCAAUUCUAAUCCAAAUCAGGAAAUGGAACUGGAGUUGGGAUUGGAAAAAAAACUAUGUGGAACAGAUUUGGAAUUGAACUCGAAUUUCGGGGGGAUUUAAAUUUCAACUCCAGUUCCAUUUCCUGAUUUGUAUUGGAAUUGAUGAAUGCAUUCCGUCCCCUAACCCGGUCCUUAGCUGCAUAAUCUGUUAUUAGAGCUUCCCCACCAACUUAGUUUCUGCUUUGAAUGGUCUUUGUUUCCAUUUUUUGAGGAAUUCUUUGUGGUUCUUGUGUAUUUAAAAAGCACAAAAUGCCUGAUAGAUCUCAGCUCUCCCAUGAGGCUGCAGCAGUGGUGUGCUGAGAUGUUUAGUACUCGUUGCUGGUGACCUUUCGGCAACAGAAACCAGGCACGCCGACAUGUCUAACAAUAACGGGCCCCGCCACGCCAGUCGGGGCCGUGUCUGCACGCCGCUCGCCAGACCUUUAUGUAGCCUCCGCAACAAAUUAGAUUGCACUUGACAUUUAUUUUUCCUGUUGAAGUGGUUCAUUCGGACUUUGCAGAUUCACCAGCUCAUCCCUGCGGUUUUUAGCACGCUUGAGGCCCAAAGAGACGGGCUAUUUUUAGGGGCCAGAUUUGGGAGACGGACCUCUGAAGCAUGCCAUCACACCGGCACGUCCUGGAGGAAAGUGGAACCGUGGGACCGUGUUGCAUGUGAUUUUCAGAAUGGCCUCCGUCACUCAUGUUUAUGCCCCGCCCCCCCGCAUCCGUUUGCUGACAUGAACUCGCCCGCAAACUGGCCCAUUAGGAAUCAGCAGCCCAUCCAUCCUUCACUAGUGCCUGGACGUGCCUCUCUGUGUGCCAGGUCCAUACUCCCCCCAUUUAUCCUGACCUGUCAGGAUCGGGCCCUGCCCUGCCCCCUUCAUUGUGUUAUUUCUCAGUUUGGCCAGCAGGUGUCACUGGCUAUGCCGUUUUGUGUUAGUUCACGUCAUAUACAUUUCUUUGUAUUUUCUGUGCUGCUUAUAUAUUUCUGUAUUUCCGUCAUAGUUCCUUGUCUUUGCUCCCCGUGUUUCCCUUUUUGUAAUAUAUCUGUUACCUUUAUUUUAGUCUCUCCUGCCGUUUGAUCCUUUGUGUUGAUUAUCCUCACUUGUGCUCCUGUGUUAUUAGUGCUCGUUAAAUGCCCACACCUGUCUCUUAUUUAGCCUCGUUGUUAUUGUUCAUUGAGUGCCUGCCCCAUUACUCUUCUCAGCCAGUCAGUCAUUGUGUUUAGUUGCAUUUCUUUGUUCUUUUGUUUGCUCCUGCUUUUGCUGUUUUUGUUACCUGAUGGUGUAGUUUGUUCCUUUGCUGCUCCCGUCUUCAAUUCAUUGUUUUCUACCUGCCUGUCUGUGUUUUAGAACCAUCGUCGUUCCUUUUGUUUCUUGUUUCGUUUUGCUUUACUUUAAGUCACUUGUUUUGUUUGAGCCUCAGCAUGGAUCGUCCCUCCGUGUUCUCCAUGCCUGUCCAUAACGCCGACCUGUGUCUGGUCCUCCUUUCAUGCUGUCAUCCCCAAACCUCCUUGUCCAUUUAGCAGUUGCCAUGUCGAGUUUCAAGCCUUUCCGUUUCUCUCCCCCCCCUCCACCCACCUGGCUUAGCCAUCUGUACAUCCGCAGUCCUGAAACCUGUGCUUGAGUGCCUCACUAAACUCGUGUCGUCUUCUUGAUGGUUUCAGGUUAUAAAACACAGAAGUCAGUCCUCCAUUUUUAAUGUAACAUUUUGAGGCAGAUGUUUGCAAAUAUUGCAUAAUAUACAUAUCAUAUCGUAUAAAUGCUGUACCUUGGUAUGGGGGCAGAGUGGAUGAACUGAGGAUAAACAGUGAGGUCAUCUGCUUUUAAUGAAGAGGCUACAAUCGCCCCCCUCCUCCCCCCAACACUCCCCGAGACAAACACCCGAUUAGCCUCUCACUGGGACGGUGAAGCAUUGGUGAUGGCGACUGUGUCCGGGAGCAGCAAAGCGGUAAUGAGAGAAGAACAGGGGGCCCAGAAAAUUUUGAACAUUUUCAUUAAAUGUGAAUUGAGUUUCCUCCUGGCAUGUUUUUGUGUAGCAGGGGUCUCAGCCGAAAUGAAUUAGGCUGUUACAGCAAGGUCAGAAAUGGGACAGCCAUUGCUGACUGACAGAGCUCCUAGCCUGGGUAAGCUGCCCCAUGUGAAGUCCUGCUUCAUCGUACACUAUAAACUGUUUGUCUUUAUUCAAAAUUCAUCUACAAUUCAUUUAGCCAACAGACAUAAACUGAUUUGUAGUAAACAGCCUUUGAAAAUGAAGGCAUCCAUUAUCAAUUACAUUAUUUUCAUUGAGCAUUUCUAUCCUUUAGUGAUCCAGGGUGUAAGUCAAGGCUGGUCUAUUUACUCCGAAAGCUAUUCUCAGAUAGUCUCUGUGUUAGUUGUCUACAAUCCCCAAUUCCUGUUCUCUGAUAGUCUGUGUGUCAGUUGUCUACAAUCUCUGAUUCCUGUUCUCAGCAGUUGUCCAUGUAACCUGAUUCCUGUUCCUUUUUAAACAGGGAUGUGUUGUUUCUAGAAAGCAAAUAUGCUUGUUACACUUUGGCAUGAAUAACCCCCCCCCCCCUUUAAAUGGAUGUUGCCCAUCUGCAAACGGAGAGAAAUCAUUUCAUCCAGCAGUGCUGCUGUUGUCCAUCUGCUUCUCACCCUGGAGCAGGACCAGUAAUAUACACCUUCAGGACUAUUAAGAGGAAAAUGGAUACCAAGUACAGUAUUUAGUAUUUUAAUCCCCUUCCUCACAUGGGCAAUAUUUAUUAUGCUCUGUUAAUUAAUACAAACAAGCUUGCACUGUGAAAUAAGAUCCCUUUACUUGAGGGUAAUUAUGCUCAUUAUCUGCAUUGUCAUGAAAGCUCUGUUUCACAAGGGCGCGGCAGCCUGAGCGAAUCGGAAGCCCUGCAGGGGUCCAGGGCUGCGGAGCGACCCAGAGUUUGCAUUGGAAGGGGGGAAAUGGCACCGCUUUAACCGUCCUGUCGUUUGUCAUUUUGUCGCCAUGUUCCUGUGCCGGAAACGAGGCCCAUCGUCUCUGCCGUGGUGGUUCUGAGCUCACCCAUGGCAAGGGCACCAGCGCUAUGGCGGGAAAACUGUCCAUUAAUGUGAGAACGAACCAAGAAGCUCCCACUCGAUGUCAGAAAGAGGGUCCGGGGAAGAGUUCUUGUGUGGCUCUGUUGCUUGUAGUAGUAUUCAAGCAGCUGUAAAUAAAUAAGGGUCCAGUAAUUGACCCAUCCUGUUAAUUUGGCCCAUAGUUUGAUAAUCACUGCUCUAAUGUACUUAACCUUGCAUGGCCCAACAAACAUCAACAUAAAAAGCGUCUGGAAAGUGUUAAAGGUCAGUGUGUGCUUAGGUGCCUGCAUCGGAGCUCUUUGCCAUUGAUUCCGUCGCUGUCGUAUUUGGUUUCUGAGUGGAGAAGAAGAACAGAUCCAGGACGAAUGGCUACUUGUAAAUGACCUCCUUAACCCAUGCGUCUUUCUGUCCGGCCCCGCAGAGGAUGACUCUGCUGCACGUCAACAGCAACCAGUGCUUGGACAUGCCGUCGGAAGAGGACAAGAUGGCUCCCACAGUGCGGGACUGCACAGGGAGCCGCUCACAGCAGUGGCUUCUGAGGAA